UCCAAAAAAUAUUCUCCCUCACAUAUCAUUUGCUCUCUCUCUUUCUCUCUUUACAUCACCAUCACUGUAUCAAUGCACUCACUACUGACCCCUCAUUUUCUUUCUUUUCCUGGGAAAAUUUUGAGAUUUUAAAGCAACCCCUUUUGAGAUUUUGAGAUUUUUGAAGCAACUCUUUUGCAUUUGUGUUGAUUCUAGAGCAACCCUUUUGAGAAUUAAGCUUGAAAGUGGGCAAUGGAGGGUGUUUCAAGGUCUGGGAAUGAGAGUGAUGUGGUCGGCGAGUUGUUGGAAGUGAUUGAGAUGGUGGGAGGGUAUAAUGGGUAUAGGAAAACUCAGAGGAAGGAGUGUUUGAACAUGGUGAGAAGAUUGAAGCUUUUGGUGCCACUUUUGGAAGAGACAAGGGAGCACGAUAAGCCGUUUUCUUGUGAGGCUUUGAAUUUUUUUGCUAAUUUGAAGAAAGCGCUUCUUGCAGCGAAGAAGUUGUUGAAGCAUUGUAACUAUGGAAGCAAGAUUUAUCUGGCACUGGAGAGUGAGGCUGUGAUGUGUAGAUUCCAUGCUGUUUAUGACAAGCUGUAUCAGGCUUUGGAUGAUGUCCCUUAUGAGGAGCUGGGGAUCUCAGUUGAAGUGAAAGAACAAGUUGAGCUAAUGCGUAUGCAACUUAAAAGAGCAAAGAGGCGAACAGAUACUCAGGAUAUAGAGCUCGCAAUGGAUUUGAUGGUUGUUUUGUCUAAAACAGAUGACCGCAAUGCAGAUGAUGCCAUUCUGGAAAGAUUAGCAAAGAAAUUAGAGAUGCACACCAUUGCUGACUUGAAAGAUGAAACAUUAGCUGUCAGGAAACUGGUAAAAGAGAGGGCUGGGCAGAAUGCUGAUAGCAUUCAGCAAAUCAAAGAUCUUUUAGGAAAAUUUAAGCAAAUUGCAGGGGUCGAAGAAACUAUUGUGCCUGAUGGAUCUGUUUCAAAAAAAAGUUUACAGAGGUGUCAAACUAUGCUAGUCCCUCAUGAAUUUCUGUGUCCAAUUAUACUGGAGAUAAUGACAGAUCCAGUCAUUGUGGCCACUGGACAGACUUAUGAAAGAGAGAGCAUACAGAAGUGGUUAAAUUCCCAUCAUCGGACAUGUCCAAAGACUGGACAAACUUUGGAUCACUUGUCUCUAGCACCCAACUAUGCUCUCCGCAAUCUUAUUUUGCAAUGGUGCGAGAAAAACAAUGUUGAACUGCCAAAGAAGGAUACCAAUGCGGGCUCUGAUGUUGCCUCAGCUCAACUCAUAGAAGAAAUUUCUUCUUUAGUUCAAAAUCUCUCCUCUUGUGAGUUGAAUAUAAGAAGAGAAACUGUAAUGAAGAUCAGAUUGCUAUCAAAAGAGAAUCCAGAACACAGAGUUUUAAUUGCCAACAGUGGAGGCAUUCCUCCUUUGGUUCAGCUGUUGUCCUAUCCGGAUUCCAAGAUACAAGAGCAUACUGUCACCGCGCUUUUGAACUUGUCACUUGAUGAAGCUAACAAAAGACUUAUAGCAAGAGAAGGAGCAAUUCCUGCUAUAAUUGAAAUCCUGCAAAAUGGAACUUAUGAAGCCAGAGAAAACUCUGCAGCAGCAUUGUUCAGUUUGUCAAUGCUCAAUGAGAAUAAAGUAAUGGUAGGAAACUUGAAUGGGAUCCCUCCAUUGGUAGAUCUUUUGAAAAAUGGAACAAUCAGAGGCAAAAAAGAUGCAGCCACAGCACUUUUUAACUUGUCUUUAAACCAAGGCAACAAGUCCAGGGCUAUUAAGGCAGGUAUCAUUCCAUCAUUACUAAAACUACUUGAGGAUAAAACUCUGGGCAUGAUUGAUGAAGCUCUUUCAAUCUUGUUGCUCCUUGCAUCUCAUCCUGGUGGCCGGAAUGAAAUCGGGCGGCUAUCAUUCAUUGAAACGUUGGUUGAAAUAAUAAAGAAUGGGACUCCUAAGAACAAGGAAUGCGCCACAUCUGUUUUACUUGAGUUGGGGUUAAACAAUUCAUCUUUCAUUCUGGCUGCUCUUCAGUAUGGGGUGUAUGAGCACUUAAUAGAGAUUACAAGAUGUGGAACAAACAGAGCUCAAAGAAAAGCAAAUUCCCUUUUGCAGUACAUGAGUAAGUGCGAACAUAUUCCAUGAAAAAGCUUACAGGUAGCAUGAUGUUUUCAGAUUGGUUCCACCUUCUGAUUAUGGAAGGUUAUACAUUGGAAGUGUUCAUCUUGUGUAAUGUGAAGUCUGAUCCCAGGAACAAUGUAAAGAAAGUAUAGUUUUCUUUUAAUAUGAUAGAAAAUUGUGGAUUAUUCUUAUUUGGCCUUAAAACAAAUAAUGAUUU